CUCUCCCGUCCCCUCACACACCACUCUAGCUAGCUGUGCACAAAGCAAGCGCGCUCAUAGCCUGAGCCCUGAGCUGAGCAAGCUAAGGUACUGAUCGGCAUGGCGAAAGACAUCGAGGCGUCGGGGCCCGAGGCCGGCGAGUUCUCGGCCAAGGACUACUCGGACCCUCCGCCGGCGCCGCUGAUCGACGCGGAGGAGCUGACCAAGUGGUCGCUGUACCGCGCGGCGAUCGCCGAGUUCGUGGCGACGCUGCUCUUCCUCUACAUCACCGUGGCCACGGUCAUCGGGUACAAGCACCAGACGGACGCGGCGGCGUCGGGCCCCGACGCGGCGUGCGGCGGCGUGGGCAUCCUCGGCAUCGCCUGGGCCUUCGGCGGCAUGAUCUUCAUCCUCGUCUACUGCACCGCCGGCAUCUCGGGCGGGCACAUCAACCCGGCCGUCACGUUCGGCCUCUUCCUGGCGAGGAAGGUGUCCCUCGUCCGCGCGGUCCUCUACAUCAUCGCGCAGUGCCUGGGCGCCAUCUGCGGCGUGGGGCUCGUCAAGGGCUUCCAGAGCGCCUACUUCGUGCGCUACGGCGGCGGCGCCAACGAGCUCAGCGCCGGCUACUCCAAGGGCACCGGGCUCGCCGCCGAGAUCAUCGGCACCUUCGUCCUCGUCUACACCGUCUUCUCCGCCACCGACCCCAAGCGCAGCGCCCGCGACUCCCACGUCCCGGUGUUGGCUCCUCUCCCAAUUGGGUUCGCUGUGUUCAUGGUGCACCUGGCCACCAUCCCCAUCACCGGCACCGGCAUCAACCCGGCCAGGAGCCUGGGAGCCGCGGUCAUCUACAACAACGACAAGGCCUGGGAUGACCAAUGGAUCUUCUGGGUGGGCCCGCUGAUCGGCGCCGCCAUCGCCGCCGCCUACCACCAGUACGUGCUGAGGGCCAGCGCCGCCAAGCUCGGGUCCUUCCGGAGCAACGCCUAAGUCCGGCCGGCCGCGGCGAGGAGGGGGGCACCGAAGUGUAGAUACGCGCGCACAACCGACGCCCGCCUCCAUCCACUCCAUGACGCCCUGUUCCGAUCAGGAUCUGCUGCCACAAUCUCCGUCGCUCGUAGUAAUCGUGUCAUGCACGCGGGCUCCGCGCCGUGCUUCGAUGUGUCCCGGAGUCCGCCGCCACGUCCGCUUGCCGCUGUUUUUCUUCGAAAAGAAGUGUGAUAUAUCUUUGCUUCCUGUAUGUAUGUAUUCCGUAUGGAGAAUUUGGAAACGAGUUAUGUGAGGUUUUAUUUAGUUAUAAUCAUCAUAUGAA